AUGGCGUCGGCAACAGUCCUAACCGCGCAGUCCAUCUCCCUUGACCGGUUCGGAGCCAGCAAUUCUCCAGAAGAAGCCGUCAAGGCCGCCGAAGACGAGAAUGCAUCACCUCCAGACGUUCGACCGCGCUGGUCAGAUCGGAUCCUAGCUCAAGGUCCCUGGGAUCAGACAGUGACUCCAGACAUGCUCAAAGGGGCACCCAGCCUGCCGAUGCCAGUUGAGAUUAGCGACGCAGGCUCUCUUACACCGUUCUUCAAUCAUCUGAAACAUGGCGGCAGCUACGAGACCGCUUCUGAUGCCAUAGGCCUGGGCCAACCGGCAGUUGAGCCCUACUACAAGGUUCCGACCCUGGAAUUCGAUAAAGGGGUGCUAUACGAAGAUGGUCGGAUGGAUCUGUGCAAGAUGGCUCUUGGUCCGCCAAAUAUCUCGGCGCUGAUGUGCAGUCUGCGGUCCAAUACAUUUGUCCGGCAUUUUCUGCUGGGAAAUAACAUCAUCGGACCUGCUGGGGCUCGGGCAAUCGCGGACUUUGUCCAGGAGUUCCCGGACCGCAUUGAGACCUGGUAUCUAGCCGGUAAUUGCAUAGACGCAGCCUCGUUUGCACGCUUGACUGAUGCACUGGUCAAGUCGCACGCCGUGACAAAUAUCUGGCUUAAGAGGAACCCUCUCGGGCCAGAGUCGGUUGAUUCCCUCUUCCGCCUGAUCACACAGACGCCAAACCUGCGGACACUGGAUCUGGAUCAGACUGAGCUUGGCGAUGCAGGCGUUGCAGCUCUGUUCACUCGAUUGGCGGAAUACAUUCCUCCAACUCCAAUGGCAUUGAGGAUCCUAUACCUCUCCGCGAUGGGUAUAUCCACUGCCGCGUGUGAGGCAAUUUCCAGGUAUCUGGCCUCUCCGCAUUGCCCUAUUACCUCGUUGUACAUGUCAUGCAACCCGAUCGGCAAUACAGGGGCAAGAGCACUUGCCAAAUGGCUGCAACAGAAUCAGACGCUGCAACGUCUUUCUUUGCAAUCGGUUGGCCUCACGGACGACGGGGCCACUGCAUUGAUAUCGUCGCUGCGAGGUCAUCCUGCAUUGGAGACUCUCGAUAUCAGUCAGUCCUAUUCCACGCAGGACUUGAACGCCAGGUUCAAUUACCUAUCCGCGGAAUGCACAAUCCACGCACUGUGCUCCCUGGUGACUUCAUCGACGCGUCUUUCCUACCUCGCCCUCGGUCCCCAACCCUUUUGCACCACCACCGCCUUGCCCUUGAUGGCUGCUGCGCAAGAGUCCCAAACGAUCAUGUAUCUCUCCCUCAAGCCGCUCAUUCCGGCGCGGUCCACCCCGAGAGAUAAUACGCGGUUCGCCGGGGCAUUCAAAGCUCUGCGAAGGCACACCCUGGGCAACAUCCGCGCGCACUACGACAAGCCGACCAUGACUCGUGAGGAAUGGGAGACUGACCACAAACGGUGGUGCGUGAGCGACGAGGUCAGCGUGCGCAAAAUCGACAGCGUGUACCGCAAUCGGGCGGCGCAAAAGGCGCGCCGGGGCGAGGAAGUUUUGCGGAAACGCUGGGCGGACGAGGAGAGGGGGGUACUUGACGGAGUGAUGCAGGCAUAA